AUACUACUCACCUAACCUUAUUAUAACAAUGCCCGUGUACUAAAGCUUUGUGCUUUCUGUCUUUCUUUCGAGCGACCUCUUGAUAGCUGUCUACUUCUUUACUUGCAAACGCCAUGCCGUUGUUGACGAAUCCGAUUCCGCGUCUACGGCGCAUACACCGACACAAUGUCGAAACCUUGAAAUCGCAACCGCUGGCCGAACUCUCGGGUUCACUUGGGGAUUUGGGGACGUUACUACCGCUCAUGACCGCGCUGGUCAUCACAAACUCCAUAUCCUUACCUUCAACACUCUUGUUCACAGGGGCUGCCAAUGUAUUGACUGGAGUCGUAUUCGGACUACCUCUACCAGUCCAGCCCAUGAAAGCCAUUGCAGCCGUCGCAAUAGCUCGCAAGUUCACACUCGAGGAGAACUCAGCAGCUGGACUCGUCGUUGCCGGCCUAGUGGGGCUGUUCAGCGUCACAGGGCUAAUCAACUGGGCGAAUCACGUUACGCCAAUACCGGUUGUGAAAGGCAUCCAAGUCGGAGCAGGACUUUCGCUAUGCUUGAGCGCUGGAUCGAACAUGCUUAUGCCCUUGACUUGGACGGGCCCUUGGUGGGGUGAUAAUUUGCUUUGGGCGAUUGCAGCAGUCGUACUGCUACUAUUCACAUUCGCACGUCCGAGGAUGCCAUACGCUAUCCUAGUCUUCACGGUCGGCUUCGUCCUCUCAAUUUUCGCGCCAAACAGCACCUCUUCCGCGAUAGCCGACCAUGCGAUUCCCAUUCUGCAUCCUUCAGGAAGAGACUUUCUAAAGGCAACAACAACCGCGUCUCUAGGCCAGCUACCCCUCACACUCCUGAACUCCGUGAUUGCAGCAUCAGCAUUGGCCUCUGAUCUCCUCCCUUCCCCUCCUUAUCCGGCCGCGCCUACAGUCACCGAGUUUGGCAUAUCGGUCUCAGUAAUCAAUCUAGUCGGCUGCUGGUUCGGGGCCUUGCCAACAUGUCAUGGCUCAGGCGGGCUCGCAGGCCAGUACCGCUUUGGUGCACGUAGCGGCUCGAGCAUCAUCUUCCUAGGCUCUCUCAAGUUCCUACUCGGCAUCAUGGCUUUCUGGAAGACUGAAACGAUCGUUGGUGUGCUUUCCAAUAUACCCAAAUCUCUCCUCGGUGUUCUAGUGCUCGCCGCAGGGGUCGAAUUGGCGAAAGUGGGUGAGAGCGUGAAUACAGAUGCCCGAGAUCUCAGGGUUCUGGACAGAGAUCAUGCCUGGGAUGGUAAGAGAGUCAAGGAUAUUGGAGAAAGAGAAAGGAAAGAGAGGUGGAUGGUUAUGUUUGUCACCGUGGCAGCUUUGCUCACAUUCAAGAACGAUGCGGUAGGCUUCAUUUCCGGCUUGGUGUGGCACUGGGGAUUCAAGGCUGCGAGACGAGUGGAGGGUUGGACGGAUGGGCAAGUGGGAAGACUGUUUUGGAGACGAGUGGAACACAGACCGUCGGAAAGGACUGCACUACUUGCGCAGGAGGAGUCUGACAUUGUUGCUUGA